AUGCCGACAUCAACGGAGGAAUUGCCGACGUACCAUUCGAAUGAGUCGGCGCCGUAUGUGUUGCCCAAUGAUGCUGCGGAACAAGAGCGUUUGAAUCGGCAGCAUGAUGCUAUUGUUGCGAUGUUGAAAGACGUCCCCUUCCACGCCCCCCUCCCCUCCACCCCCACCCUCCGAAGCGCCCUCGACAUAGGCUGCGGCACGGGAACCACAACCCACCUCCUCGCAGCCGCGCACCCUCAAGCCAAAAUCCACGGGAUAGAUCUAACGCCCAUCCCCUCUUCGCGACCAAAACCAUCAAACCUCGAAUUCACGACCGGCGAGAUCCGCUUUCUCGUCAACGAAGGGAAAGUGAAAAGGAGAGACUGGAGUUACAUAUUUAGUAGGAUGCUCUUCCUCGGAAUGACGGACUGGGCGGCGUAUAUCGCCCUGCUGUACGACUUGCUGGAACCAGGGGGCUGGGCAGAACUUCAAGAAGUCGAGUUCGUGAUGCGAGAUGCUAGUGGAGAAGUCAUCUCUCAGGACUGGAGGUGGCUGAACGCCAUGACCACCUCACUCGCCAGGAAAGGGCUCGACACGGCGUGUGCGAGCAAGAUCUCGGGGUGGAUGAGGGAUGCGGGGUUUGUGAAUGUGCGGGUUGGGGUGUAUGUGUGGAGUUGGAGUAAAGAGGGCUGGGAGGAACAUCCGGAGAGUGCGGAGAUUGGGAGGUAUAGUGUGGAUGUUUUGAGGAGGGAGAUUGGGCGGAUGGCGCCGAGGCUGUGGGAUGGGAUUGGGAAGAGCGAGGGGGAGGUGCAGGAGUUGUAUGGGGAGUUGAGGGAUGGGUUGGAGGAGUUGGGGAAGGGGGCGCAUAUGCGGUAUUAUGUUGUUUGUGGACGGAAGCCGUAG